AUGCGCUCUUUUGCCAUCCUCUCCGCUGCCGGCCUUGCUGCCGCCCAGGUCACCUCCAUCAUCAUCACCGACGGCAUCACCGCGACCAUCACUCUCCCCGUCUUCCCUGAGCCCACCUCCCUCGCCUCUCCGGCCACUACCGUCACCGCCACCGUCCCCGAGACCACCGUGACCGUGUCUCCUGAGCCCACGCCCUCCACCACCGUAACCGUCUCCGCGGGCACCAGCACCGUCCCGGCCGGCUUCACCACCACCACCGCCGUCGUCGUCGACGACCCCCCCGUCACCACCACCAUCCCCAUUGUCAUCCCCACCAUCUCCGUGUCAGACCCCGUUGUCACGCUCCCUACCAUCACCGAGUCUACUUUUGACCCGGCCACAGUCACCCCCGUCGUCCCCCCCUCCGUCAACACCACCCUCGCAACUCUCACCCAGACCUACUUCACCUCAACCCCCAACGCCACCACCUCCGGUCCCGUCAUCGUGCCCACCGCUGCGGCCGACAAGCUCCAGGGCUCCGUCGUCGGCCUCAUCGCCGCCGGUAUCGCCAGCUUCUUCCUCCUCUAG